AUGGUUUCUGUCCCCCGAGAUACUCCUGAAGUCGACAAGCUUAUCAAUGGGCACACCAGCGACCCAUCCCUCAAGGUCAAUGGUGAUACAGGAAAGAAGACGUCAUCAACUUUUGUCUCGGGAAAGUUCUCGAUAGACGAACCGCGCCCCAUCAAAGUAGUGGUCAUCGGUGCUGGCUAUAGUGGCAUCAUCGCCGGAAUUAGGUUUACGCAGAGAGUCCAAAACUUGGACCUGACCAUCUAUGACGCCAAUGCAGGCAUCGGCGGGACAUGGUUCGCCAACAAAUACCCCGGACUUGCUUGCGAUCUUCCAUCCCAUUGCUACCAAUUGUCAUUUGAGAACAACACCAACUGGUCGUCAUUUUAUUCUCCAGGCCCAGAAAUUUUGGCAUACUUGCAGGGCGUCGUCGACAAGUACAAACUGAUGAAGUACAUGAAACUUCAGCACCGCUUGGUCGAAGCUAAAUGGGAUGACGACGCGGGCAAAUGGCGUCUUCGCAUGCGUCGACCGGUCUUGUCAGCUGCUGGCGAAGCUGCAUUCAGGCAAACACCUCCCAAUGAAGCCGGCACUUCGAACAUUCCAAAAGUCGAAUUCGAAGAAUUUGAGGACUCCGCGGACGUGCUAUUCACUGGAAUCGGCAACCUCAACCGUUGGUACUGGCCUGAUAUCCCUGGCCUCGAGGACUUCAAGGGGAAAAUCUUGCAUAGCGCACAAUGGGAUACUGGUGAUUCGAGCAGCGGGUGGGAAGAGAGCGUUAGAGAUUGGAAAGACAAACGCGUUGGCGUGAUAGGAGUGGCAUGUGGUUCUUCUGCUAUUCAAAUCGUCCCAGCCUUGCAACCGAAAGUAGGGCAUUUGGUCAAUUAUGUGCGGGGACAGACGUGGUUGGCGGUUCCUUUCCUAGACGACAUGCAGAAAGGUUUAGCCAAGGGAAGAGAGGUUACUAACUAUAAAUAUACCGACGAAGAUAAGGAAGCUUUCAAAGACCCGGAAUUCUACAAGAAUUUCCGCCGGAAGAUGGAAUCAGAACUCAAUGCCGCGCAAGAUGCGGUCAUGGUUGGUACGGAAAUGCAAGCGGCAGCAAGGACCAUUUUCAAAGAGCAGAUGCUGAAGCGACUAGCCAGGAAACCUUGGAUUGCUGAUCAUAUUAUCCCCGAAUUCCCAGUAGCAUGCCGAAGACUCACACCGGGCGUGGGCUACCUCGAAGCCCUGUGUGAAGAUAACGUUGACUUUGUGCCAUCGUUGAUAAAGCGGGUGACCCCAGAGGGCAUCGAAACAGUUGAUGGGGACCACAAGGCUUUGGACGUUAUCGUCUGCGCAACUGGUUUUGACACUUCAUACCAAUUGGACUUCCCUAUCAUCGGCAAAAAUGGGGUAGAUGUUCGUGACAAGUACUUGCCUCAUCCCCGGACAUAUCUCUCUGUCGCGGUAGAAGGCUUCCCCAACUGGUUCCAGACACUUGGUCCCAAUUCUGCAGUCGGAGCCGGAUCACUGUUGAUCAUCCUAGAGAAGCAAGUGGAUUACGCUGUCGAAGCAACCCUCAAGAUCCAGAGGGAGAGGCUAAAGAGCAUGGAUCCCAAGAAAGAAGCCGUUGAUGACUUUGAUGAGUAUCUAGAGGCUUGGUUCCCCAGGACUGUCUUUGGACAGAAGUGUCGAUCUUGGUACAAAGUCGGCAAGGAAGAAGGUCGUGUUGUUGCCCUAUGGCCCGGUUCCUGUCUCCAUGCUGUCGAAGCGCUUGAGAAGCCGAGAUGGGAGGACUACAACUACGAGCUCCUUGACAAAGGCGUGAAAAACCGGUUCUUCUACCUAGGCGAUGGCCUUACGAAGAAUGAGAAGAUCCGUGGAGGUGAUAUGGCGACGUAUCUUGACCGCAUUGACUACCCUCCAGUUCCUUCGAGUUAA